UUCUUCUUCUUCUUCAUCUUCUCUCUCUCGCCUGGUAAGUUUCCUCCGUGACUGCUCCUCCCUGCUGCUUGAUCCCCAAGCCUUGAGUGAUCCUCUUCUUCUCCUCUCCCUCCACUUCCGGCGAUCUCUGCUCCGCCACUCAGCAUCUUCCACUUCCGCACCCGCCGAGCUAUCGCCCAAGUCAAUUAAGCAGGCAAUGGGGUUGUGGACGCUGCUCGAAGGGCUUCUGCUGCUCGCCAACGCUUUCGCGAUACUAAACGAGGACCGGUUCUUAUCGAAGAGGGGGUGGAGCAUGCAGGAAUUCCCCGGGGGCAGGACGAAGUCGCUGAAGGGUCAGGUUAUCGGUCUUAUUUACGCGAUGCAGUACUUGAGAGUCCCGCUCAUCAUCCUGAACGGCCUCUGCAUCAUCGUAAAGAUGGUGUCCGGUUAGUUCCGGUUAGUUCUUCAUAUUUGUUUUCCGCCGGGCAAUUCGUCCCUCCACACUUUUUUCUUUCCCUGUCAUGGGGAGCUGCUUGUUUAUUAUACAUAUGAGAUUGUACUGGGAUGAAGGAACAAAAUUUGAUGAUCAAUUCUAUUCGGAUGAUGAUCUUGGUGCUUCGUGGAAGAGAUCCUGUUUAGCUGUAAUCCGAUUCUCGACCGGUAACGAUAUAGUCAUAUGAAUUUGUUUGUUCCGGUUAGCCUUCGUAGUUUAGGAUUCAGAUUGUCUGGUGUUGGUAAAGUUUUGCGGCACGAGCAGAUUUUGGGUAGUUUAGCAUUACAGCUAUUUGAUCUCCAAUGUAGACCUCCAGGAUCUGCUCUCUUGGUACUUUGAAUGAAUUUGAUUACAGUGCGUCCAGUUAUCUCUU